AUGGCGCUUUCUACAGCGGUGAAGGAAGGCGAUCUUGUAGAGACAAUGUCUAUUCUUAAAGACGAGACAGAUGAUACCAAGCUGGACAUGCUACGCACUCUGACUCCUGACGGAAAGACAUCUCUUCAUAUCGCUUCAGAAGAAGGGCACAUCGACCUCGUGAAAUAUAUGACUGACUUGGGGGUGGAUCUAGAAAAACGAAGUAGGAGCGGUGACGCCCCUCUUCACUACGCAUCUCGAAGCGGUCACCAAGAUGUUGUUCAAUAUCUCAUUGGCCAAGGAGCAGAUACCAAUAUUGCUGAUAUCAAUGGCUAUACACCACUCUAUCUUGCUUCGGAGGAGGGCCAUUUUGGUGUUGUUGAGUGUUUAGUAGAUUCAGGAGCAGAGGUGAACAAAGUAACAUGUGAUGAUAAAAACUCACCCCUUCAUGCUGCAUCAAAAAAUGGUCAUCUGAACGUUGUGAAAUAUCUCAUCACUAAUAGAGCAGAUAUGACAUUGAAGGGAUAUGAAGGUAAAACUUGUCUUAGUACUGCGGCUUCCUAUGGUCAUCUUGAUGUUGUAACAUACCUCUUAACUAAAGGUGCAGAUAUCAACGUGGACGACAACAACAAAUACACACCACUUCACUCAGGAUCAGAAAAUGGCCACCUGCAUGUUGUUGAAUAUCUCGUGGAAGCAGGUGCAGAUAUCAAUAGAGCGUCUAAUUCUGGUUACACUCCGCUGUCAACCGCAUUAAUAAAGGGACACUGCGGCAUUGUGAAGUUUCUCAUGUCUAGGGAAGCAGACCUUGGCAACAGAGAUGACGUUGGUCCGCUUGUGCUUUCCAAAGCAUCAUCAGAGGGCUACCUCGACGCUGUAAGGUACAUCAUGCGUAAAGAAGUAGACGUUGAUACUAGAGCUGAUGUGAACAAAGCAGCAGAGAAUGCCGAGACACCUCUUCAUGUGGCGUCAAGUAGAGGUCAUGUAGACAUUGUAAAAUUCCUAAUUUCUCAACGGGCGAACCCGAAUUCGUUUGAUAACGAUGGUUAUACACCCCUGUACAAUGCCUCACAAGAGGGUCAUCUCGAUGUUGUUGAAUGUCUAGUGAAUGCAGGAGCUGAUGUGGAGAGAGCAACGGAGAAAGGCUGGACACCUCUAUAUGCGGCGUCAUAUAACGGUCAUGUAGUCCUUGUAGAAUAUCUCAUUUCUCAAGGAGCGAACGUGAUUUCGGUUAAUAACGAUGGUUAUUCACCUCUGUACAUUGCGUCACAUAAAGGUCAUCUUCAUGUUGUCGAAAGUCUAGUGAAUGGAGGAGCUGAUGUGAAAAACGCAAAUGUGAAAGGCUGGAUACCUAUCCACGGGGCGUCAUGUAAUGGUCAUGUAGAUAUCGUAAAAUAUCUCAUUUCUAAAGGAACGAACCCGAAUUCGGUCGAUAACGAUGGUUGUACACCCCUGUACCAUGCCUCACACGCGGGUCAUCUUGAUGCUGUUGAAUGUUUGGUGAAUGCAGGAGCUGACGUGAAGAGAGCAGCAGAUAAUUGCGAGACACCUCUCUAUGCUGCGUCAGGUAGAGAUCAUGUAGAGAUUGUAAAAUAUCUCAGUUCUCAAGGAGCGAACCCGAAUUCAGUUGAUAACGAUGGUUAUACACCCCUGUACUUUGCCUCACAAGAGGGUCAUGUUGAUGCUGUUGAAUGUUUAGUGAAUUAUGGAGCAGAUAUAAACAAAGCCUUAAAUGAUGGUUCUACACCCCUUUAUACCUCAUCAAGUAAGGGUCAUCUUGAUGUCGUGAAAUAUCUCAUAGCUAAAGGAGCAGAUAUCAACAUUGAUGACAACAGCAAAUACACACCCCUUCACGCGGCAUCAGAAAAUGGCCACCUUCAUGUUGUUGAAUAUCUCGUGGAAGCAGGUGCAGAUAUCAAUAGAGCAUCUAAUUCUGGCUACACUCCGCUAUCAUCCGCAUUAAUAAAGGGGCAUCGUGGCAUUGUGGAGUUUCUCAUGUCUAGGGAAGCAGACCUUGGCAACAGAGAUGACGUUGGUCCGCUUGUGCUUUCCAAAGCAUCAUCAGAGGGCUACCUCGACGCUGUAAGGUACAUCAUGCGUAAAGAAGUAGACGUUGAUACUAGAGCUGAUGUGAACAAAACAGCAGAGAAUGCCGAGACACCUCUUCAUGUGGCGUCAAGUAGAGGUCAUGUAGACAUUGUAAAAUAUCUCAUUUCUCAAGGAGCGAACCCGAAUUCGGUUGAUAACGACGGGUUUUCACCGCUGUGCAUUGCCUCACAAGAGGGUCAUCUCGAUGUUGUUGAAUGUCUAGUGAAUGCAGGAGCUGAUGUGAAGAAAUCGGCAGAGAACGGCGAGACACCUCUUCAUGUGGCGUCAAGUAGAGGUCAUGUAGACAUUGUAAAGUACUUAAUCUCUCAAGGAGUGAACCUGAUUUCAGAUGAUAACGAUUGUGUUUCACCCUUGUACUUUGCCUCAAAAAAUGGUCAUUUUCAUGUUGUUGAAUUCCUGGUCAAGGCAGGAGUUGAUGUGGAGAAAGCAACGAAGAAAGGCUGGACACCUUUUCAUACGGCGUCAUAUAAUGGUCAUGUAGACAUUGUAAAAUAUCUAAUUUCUCAAGGAGCGAAACUAAAUUCGGUUAAUAACGAUGGUUAUACACCCCUGUGCAUUGCCUCACAAGAGGGUCAUCUCGAAGUUGUUGAAUGUCUAGUGAAUGCAGGAGCUGAUGUGGAGAAAGCAACGGAGAAAUACUGGACACCUCUUUAUAUUGCGUCAAGAAGAGGUCAUGUAGAUAUUGUAAAAUAUCUCAUUUCUCAAGGAGCGAACCCGAAUUCGGUUAAUAACGACGGGUUUUCACCCCUGUGCAUUGCCUCACAAGAGGGUCAUCUCGAUGUUGUUGAAUGUCUAGUGAAUGCAGGAGCUGAUAUGAAGAAACCAACGGAGAAAGGCGGGACACCUCUUAAUGCGUCCUCAUAUAGAGGUCAUGUAGAGAUUGUAAAAUAUCUCAUAUCUCAAGGAGCGAACAUGAAUUCGGUUGAUGUUGGUGGUUAUACACCCCUGUACAAUGCCUCACAAAAGGGUCAUCUCGAUGUUGUUGAAUGCUUGGUGAAUGCAGGAGCUGAUGUUCACAAAGCAACGGAACAAGGCCAGACACCUCUUCAAGCGGCGUCCCUGUAUGGUCAUGUAGACAUUGUAAAAUUUCUGAUUUCUCAAGGAGCGAACCCGAAUUCGGUAAAAAGUAACGGUUAUACACCCCUGUACUUUGCUUCACAAAAGGGUCAUCUCGUUAUUGUUCAGUGUCUAGUAAAUGCAGGAGCUGAUGUUAAGAAUGAAGCAGAGAAUGGCGAGACACCUCUUCAUGUGGCAUCAAUGUAUGGUCAUGUGGACAUGGUAAAAUACCUUAUUUCUCAAGGAGCGAACCCGAAUUCGGUAAAAAGUAACGGUUAUACACCCCUGUACUUUGCUUCACAAAAGGGUCAUCUCGUUAUUGUUCAGUGUCUAGUAAAUGCAGGAGCAGAUGUGAAGAAAGCACUGGAGGAAGGUUCGACACCUCUUCAUACAGCGUCACAAUAUGGUCAUGGAGACAUUGUGAAAUAUCUCAUUUCUCAAGGAGCGAACCCUAAUUCGGGUAAUAACGAUGGUGUUUCACCCCUGUACUUUGCUUCACAAGAGAGUCAUCUUGAUGUUGUUGAAUGUCUAGUGAAUGCCCAAGCUGAUGUGAACAAAACAACGGAGAAAGGCUGGACACCUGUUCAUGCGGCGUCAUAUAACGGUCAUGUAGACAUUGUAAAAUUUCUGAUUUCUCAAGGAGCGAACCCGAAUUCGGUAAAAAGUAACGGUUAUACACCCCUGUACUUUGCUUCACAAAAGGGUCAUCUCCUUAUUGUUCAGUGUCUAGUAAAUGCAGGAGCAGAUGUGAAGAAAGCACUGGAGGAAGGUUCGACACCUCUUCAUACAGCGUCACAAUAUGGUCAUGGAGACAUUGUGAAAUAUCUCAUUUCUCAAGGAGCGAACCCUAAUUCGGGUAAUAACGAUGGUGUUUCACCCCUGUACUUUGCUUCACAAGAGAGUCAUCUUGAUGUUGUUGAAUGUCUAGUGAAUGCCCAAGCUGAUGUGAACAAAACAACGGAGAAAGGCUGGACACCUCUUCAUGCGGCGUCAUAUAACGGUCAUGUAGACAUUGUAAAAUUUCUGAUUUCUCAAGGAGCGAACCCGAAUUCGGUUAAAAGUAACGGUUAUACACCCCUGUACUUUGCUUCACAAAAGGGUCAUCUCGUUAUUGUUCAGUGUCUAGUAAAUGCAGGAGCAGAUGUGAAGAAAGCACUGGAGGAAGGUUCGACACCUCUUCAUACAGCGUCAAAAUAUGGGCAUGGAGACAUUGUGAAAUAUCUCAUUUCUCAAGGAGCAAACCCGAACUCUGUUGAUAACGAUGGUAUUACACCCCUGUACCUUGCUUCAAAAGAGGAUCAUCUCGAUGUUGUUGAAUUUCUAGUGAACGCAGGAGCUGAUGUUAAGAAUGAAGCAGAGAAUGGCGUGACACCUCUUCAUGCGGCGUCAGGUAGCGGUCAUGUAGACAUUGUAAAAUAUCUAAUUUCUCAAAGAGCGAACCCGAAUUCGGUUAACAAAGAUGGUUAUACACCCCUGUACUUUGCCUCACAAGAAGGUCAUCUUCAUGUUGUUGAAUGUCUAGUGAAUGCAGGAGCUGAUGUCAAGAAAGCAACGGAGAAAGGCUGGACACCUCUUAAUGCGGUCUCAUAUAGAGAUCAUGUAGAGAUUGUAAAAUAUCUCGUCUCUCAAGGAGCGAACCCGAAUUCGGUUGAUAAAGAUGGUUGUACACCACUGUACUUUGCCUCAGAAGAAGGUGAUCUUCAUCUUGUUGAAUUUCUUAUGAAUGCAGGAGCUGAUAUGAAUGAAGCAACGGAGGAAGGAAACCCGAAUUCGGUUGAUACCGGUGGUUAUACACCCCUGUACUUUGCCUCAAAUGGAGGUCAUCUCGACGUCGUUGAAUGUCUGGUGAAUGCAGGAGGAGAUGUCAACAAACCAGCAAUUAAUGGUGAUCUACCACUUCAUAUUGCAUCUCGUAUGGGCUACCUUGGCAUUACCUUAAACGAAGUCACGCCACUUAUGGUUGCCGCUAGGGGAGGACAUCUGGACUGUGUACGUCUGCUGCUCGAAAACAAUGCAGAUAUUGAGACAGAAGAUGCAGAAGGAUGGACAGCCUUUCAUUAUGCUGCAUCAAGUGGGAAUAAAACAAUAAUGAAGAAUCUCCUGGAUCGGAGAGCAAUUAUGAGCACGAGACUUUCUAGAAGAGGCCAGUCACCAUUAAGUAUUGCACUAAGCUCUGGCAAAGCUGAUACUGCACGGGUUCUUCUUGAUAAGGAUGCAACAUCAAUACAUCACAGCGACAGUGAUGGUCUAACACCCAUACACCAUGCUACCGUAAGCGGGCUAUCAUCAAUCAUUGAGGAGUUGUUAUCACUAGGUGCUGGUGUAAAUCCUCAGUCACAUGAUGGCCAGACACCCUUACAUGUUGCCAUCAGACUAUGCCACUGUAGGAAUAGACAGGUUGAAGUGACGACAGCUUUGCAGCAGAUACAACAAGAGAGUGAUGAUGACAUAUCCCCCGCGGAGGCUCUGAUACAAUUCCUUAUAAAUCAAGGAUCCAAGAUCGACAUCAAAGAUGACAAAGGCUUUACCCCGGUACAGUCUGCCAGAGAUGAGCGCAUUAGGCAAAUGGUAUUACGGAGCUUAUCCGAAGAUGAUGUUCAUGCACUCCGCGUUCACCGUGAACGGUUCCUUGAAUAUGGUAAUACACAAUGUAUCCUUAAAGAAAGGGACAUCAAGCUCGUCAUAGAUGCCACAUCUGUAAUUCAGGACAAGAUGAAAUUCAACACCGAGAAAUGCUACCACAUCACAUUCUCCCUACGUCGGAAAGCCAUCACCACGACAUACACGCUAGGAGACACUCCUCUUGCGUUGGUAACAGAUCUCCGGUAUCUAGGACUGACUUUCUCAUCCAACUUGUCCUGGCAAGGCCACAUGAACAACAUCACAUCCCAAGCCAAUCGGAUGCUGGGACUAGUCAGCAGAAAUCUCCGCAAAACCUCACAAAAGAUCCGCCAACAAGCCUACUUCUCUCUUGUUAGACCUCAUCUGGAAUACUGUUGCUCGGUCUGGAACCCUCACACAAACAAGCAUAUAUCCAAAAUCGAGGCGGUACAAAGGCGAGCAGCAAGAUUCACCCUCCAGAGAUAUCGUCGUAUGGCCAGUGUCUCGGCCAUGAUUCAAUAUCUGAAAUGGGAGAGUCUGGAGAAGAGAAGAAAUGCUGCAAGCCUCCACCUCAUGUACAAGAUCCAAAACAACACAGUAGCCAUCAAUGCACACCAUUACACAGCACCCAUGAUUGCCAGCAACACACGACAGUAUCACUCAAAGAAGUUGCUGGCUAUCCCAUCCCGCAUCCAGCUCUACCAGAACUCAUUUUUCCCUCGGACAGUAAUAUGCACUUUCAAAGAUCACCCUUGA